CGCCGCAGUGCCGCACGCCCACAACACACCGCCUUCCUUCUUCCCGCCGCCGCCGACCACCACAGGUGGUCAUGGCGCUCUACCGCCGUCUCCUGCUCCUCCGCCGCCUGUCCCACCUCCACCCCUCGCCCUUCCCCGCCCCCGCGAUCGGCUCCUCACCACCGCCCACCCUUGCGGGGCUCCUCAACCCCAUGGGGCGCCGCCACUUCGCCUUCUCCUCCGCCGAGGAGGCCGCCGCCGAGCGCCGCCGCCGCAAGCGCCGACUCCGCAUCGAGCCGCCGAUGAACGUCCUCCGCCGCGGGCCGCCUCCCCCGCGGGACCCCAACGCGCCCCGCCUCCCCGACACCACCUCCGCGCUCGUGGGCCCGCGCCUCAGCCUCCACAACCGCGUCCAGUCCCUCAUCCGCUCGGGGGAUCUCGACGGCGCGGCGGUCGCCGCCCGCGCCGCCGUCUCCUCCCGCGUCCGGCCCACCGUCUUCACCUGCAACGCCGUCGCCGCGGCCAUGGUCCGCGCCGGGCGCCACGACGACUCCGUCGCCCUGUUCGAGUUCUUCUUCCGCCGCUCCAACAUCGUCCCCAACAUCGUCUCCUACAACACCCUCAUCCUCGCCCACGUCGAGGCCGCCCGCGUCGACGACGCGAUGCAGGUGUAUCGCGAGAUGCUCGCGUCCGCGCCCUUUUCCCCCUCCGCCGUCACCUACCGCCACCUCACCAAGGGCCUCGUCGCUGCCGGCCGCAUCCGCGACGCCCUGGAUCUCCUUCGUGAGAUGCUCCGCAAUGGUGGUGCUGACUCGCUCGUCUACAACAACAUCAUCGCUGGCUACAUUGACCUCGACGACUGGGGCAGGGCCUUCGAGCUCUUCAACGAGCUCACCGGGAAGUGCGUUGUCUACGACGGAGUCGUCCACACCACCUUCAUGGAGGGCUACUGGAAGCAGGGCAAGGACAAGGAGGCCAUGGACAACUACCAGUCCCUGCUCGCACGGGGCUUCAAGAUGACGCCGGCCACCUGCAACGUCCUGCUCGAGACACUCUUCAAGCAUGGCAAGGACAAGGAUGCCAACGACCUGUGGGAGACCAUGAUGGACAACCACACACCACCGAGCUUCAUUGGCAUCAACGCCGAAUCCUACAGUGUCAUGGUCAACCAGUGCUUUAAGGAGGGCAAGUUCCAGCAGGCAAUUGAGGUAUUUCACCGCCAGCCCAGGAAGAAUGUCCAGAUGGAUGUUGGUUGCUUCAACAACAUCAUUGGUAAGCUCUGUGAGAACGGGAUGCUUGCUGAGGCAGAGAAGCUCUUUGAAGAGAUGGAGACCAAGUCGGUCCUUCCAGAUGUGUACACCUACACUUACCUUGUUGACUCGUGCUUCAAGGAAGGCCGUGUGGAAGAUACCAUGCAGUAUUUCUAUAAAAUGGCAGAUGGGAGGGAGCAUGGGCCAAAGUUCAAUAUUGGUUUCUUCAACCGUAUGUUUGAAGGACUUACAGAGGCUGGCUGGAUUGAUGAUGCCUUGAAGGUGUAUGGGAGGGUGCCUGACAAGGAGAUCAAACCAAACACAGCAACCUUUGAAAUCCUUGUCAAAGCCUUAUGCAAGGAAGGGGACUUGGAUCGAGCACGGGACCUAGUGAUGGACAUGGUAAGGGGUGGUGUUGUGCCUUCUCAAGAGUUCCGUGACUCUGUUGUUGACAUUUUCAAGAAGUCUGAUCGCCAGGAAGAAAUCGAGAAAGCUUUUGAAGAAAAGCCUUUGCCAAUACCUCAGCCAAGGACAGAGUAUCAGCCAAGAACAGAGAAUCGCCCUCGCAAUGCAAUUGGUGUUGCUCAAGGGAAAGAACCUGGCUUUAGCUCAGGUCCACCAGUGCAGCCUGGAUUUGGUUACUCUCAACAGCAACGGCCAGCAUUUAAAGACACUCAAAGUCAGCAGCUUGAGUUUGACUCAUCUCGGCAAUGGCAUUCAGUUUUUGGUGCUCCUCAAGCGCCGCACCCAGGAUAUGGUGCACCUCGGCAUGUACAGUCUGCAGUUGCUUCCCCUCAGCCACCACGGCCACAGUUUGGUGCUUCUCAGGGUAAUUCAGGGUAUAGCAACCAUCAAUCACAAGCGGGGUAUGGUUCCCGGCUGCCUCAGUCAGGAUAUGGCUUUGCGCCUCACCAAGAACAAGUAGGAUUUGGAAAUCAAGUACCACCUGCACCGCCUGCAUAUGUGGCUUCCCAAAGCCAACCUUCACAUGGUACACACUGGAGCCAGAGUUAUGGAUCACCCCAAGGCCAGCUGGGGUAUGGCGUUCCUCAAGGGCUGCCACAUGCUUCUCAUUUGCCACAGCACCAGGCAGAUUUUGGUGUGCAACAGGUCCAAAAUGACAAUGGGUUUCCUCGUUCGCAGCAACAAUCAAAUUCUGUAGCUCGUCAUGGGCAGACUGAUGUAAGCGCAAUUGAAGAUGAAUCAAAGUUUGGCGGUUCAUAUUGGCAACAAAGCAAUGGCAACCUUUGAAAUCCUUGUCAAAUCCUUAUGCAAGGAAGGGUACUUGGAUCGAGCACUGAAGUUGACAAACGGUCAAUUUUUGUCAUAUCCGUAAUCCACUGAAGUCUGAAGUAUUCACAGCCUGCUCAAACCCCUUAAAUUAUUUGAGCUAGCAAUUUAGGAUUCCUAUGUUCAAGAAGUCCACCGGAGCUGUUUUUUUGGUGAAGUGCAACCUGCUGGAACAAGUCAAUUGCAAGGAUCAAUUGAUGAAUGAUGCUGAUGGCUCUCCUUUUGAUUGUGACUGUGAUUGAUUCAUCGAUUGCGAACUUGUUGUAAUGUAUGUUGGAGCUCGAUGGGACUUGUCAUUUAAAUUUGUUGCCGUUUAGACAUUGACCAGUGAGGCAUUUACCUUGGGUUUUGAUCUUGUUCAUCAUGAGCUGAACACUGAACUUCUGAACCUGGUAGCUUUAGUGCUUGGUUUUGUAUGCCAUUAAUGAUCUAUCAUCUAUGCAUAUUGAACUAUCCUUGUAUAUAAGGAUUAUAAGCAUAUUCCUCUGAAGUCUGAAUAUAUACUGUCUGUAUGACUGAGGCUGUUGUUGA